GUCUCUUUAGUCAGCCUUAUAGCUAAUGCCCUGGGCUACUCGGAACUAGGUGCCAUAAAAUCCCUUAGGACCCUAAGAGCCUUGAGGCCUUUAAGAGCGUUGUCCCGAUUUGAGGGCAUGAGGGUGGUUGUCAAUGCCUUGGUUGGCGCUAUCCCUUCCAUUAUGAAUGUCUUGUUGGUCUGCCUUAUCUUCUGGCUGAUUUUCAGCAUUAUGGGGGUUAACCUGUUUGCCGGGAAAUAUCAUUACUGCUUUAAUGAAACAGCUGAGCAUCGCUUUGAGAUAGAUGUUGUUAACAACAAGACAGACUGCGAGGCUCUGAUGCCACCCAACUCCACGGAGAUCCGAUGGAAGAACGUGAAAAUUAACUUUGACAACGUUGGGGCAGGAUACCUGGCUCUGCUGCAAGUUGCUACGUUCAAGGGCUGGAUGGACAUCAUGUAUGCAGCUGUAGAUUCCAGAAAGCAAGAAGAGCAGCCCAAAUACGAGGACAACAUUUACAUGUACAUUUAUUUUGUUAUCUUCAUCAUCUUUGGCUCCUUUUUCACCCUGAACUUGUUCAUUGGUGUCAUCAUCGACAACUUCAACCAACAAAAGAAAAAGUUUGGAGGUCAAGACAUUUUCAUGACAGAAGAGCAGAAGAAGUAUUACAACGCCAUGAAAAAACUGGGCUCAAAGAAGCCUCAAAAACCCAUUCCCCGACCUCUGAACCGCAUCCAAGGAGCCGUGUUCGACUUUGUCACCCAGCAAGCCUUCGACAUCGUCAUCAUGAUGCUCAUCUGCCUCAACAUGGUGACCAUGAUGGUGGAGACGGACACGCAGAGCAAGCAGAUGGAGGACAUCCUGUACUGGAUCAACUUUGUGUUUGUCAUCUUCUUCACCUGCGAGUGCGUGCUCAAGAUGUUCGCCUUGCGGCACUACUACUUCACCAUCGGCUGGAACAUCUUCGACUUCGUGGUUGUGAUUCUGUCCAUCGUGGGGAUGUUCCUGGCUGAAAUCAUUGAGAAGUACUUCGUGUCGCCCACGCUGUUCCGAGUCAUCCGCCUGGCUCGCAUCGGCCGCAUCCUGCGCUUGAUCAAGGGAGCCAAGGGGAUCCGCACGCUGCUUUUUGCCUUAAUGAUGUCCCUGCCCGCCUUGUUCAACAUCGGCCUCCUGCUCUUCCUGGUCAUGUUCAUCUUCUCCAUCUUCGGCAUGUCCAACUUCGCCUACGUCAAGCACGAGGCCGGCAUCGACGACAUGUUCAACUUUGAGACCUUUGGCAACAGCAUGAUCUGCUUGUUCCAGAUCACCACGUCGGCCGGCUGGGACGGGCUCCUGCUGCCCAUCCUGAACCGGCCCCCGGACUGCGACCUGGACAAGGAGCACCCGGGCAGCGGCUUCAAGGGGGACUGCGGCAACCCCUCGGUGGGGAUAUUUUUCUUUGUCAGCUACAUCAUCAUCUCCUUCCUGAUCGUGGUCAACAUGUACAUCGCCAUCAUCCUGGAGAACUUCAGCGUGGCGACGGAGGAGAGCGCCGACCCGCUCAGCGAGGACGACUUCGAGACCUUCUAUGAGAUCUGGGAGAAGUUCGACCCCGACGCCACGCAGUUCAUCGAGUACAGCAAGCUGGCGGACUUCGCCGACGCCCUGGAGCACCCGCUGCGCGUGCCCAAGCCCAACACCAUCGAGCUCAUCGCCAUGGACCUGCCGAUGGUAAGUGGGGACAGGAUCCACUGUUUGGACAUCCUGUUUGCCUUCACCAAACGCGUCCUGGGGGACAGCGGGGAGCUGGAUAUCCUGAGACAGCAGAUGGAGGAGAGGUUUGUGGCUUCCAACCCUUCCAAAGUGUCUUAUGAGCCCAUCACCACCACGCUGCGGCGCAAGCAGGAGGAGGUGUCGGCCGUGGUGAUCCAGAGGGCCUACAGGGCUCGUUUGGCGCGACGGGGCUUCGUCAGCCGCAGGCCUGCCGCCACCAAACUGGAGAACGGGGGAGCCAACAGGGAGAAAAAGGAGGGCACGCCCUCCACGGCGUCCCUGCCCUCCUACGACAGCGUCACCAAACCCGACAAGGAGAAGCAGCAGCGGGCGGAGGAGGGCAGGAGAGAAAAGGCCAAGAGACAAAAGGACGGCAGGGUGGCCAAGUCUUGAGAAACACACACACACACACACACACAUUCACACACACACACACAAAGAGAGAGAGAGAGGGAAAAAAAAAAA